AUGUCAGAGAAGAAAGAUUGGGAAGUAGGUUCACAGAUCGGGCCAAUAAUCUCCUUCACAAAGAAUGACCUAGAAGACAAAGACCGUCAUGUAUUGACCACUUUUAUCUCACCGCAUGGAAAAGAGGUGCUGGUAACGAAUAACGUUGAUCAAGCAAUGAAGUUUGCCAUAGAGCACAAGGGUGAGGUGGUUCAGCUAGAUGAAAGGACGGACAGAAAGUUGCUACGCAAAAUAGAUUUGUUCCUAUUACCUGUGAUGUGCUUGUUAUACUGUUUUCAAUUUAUGGAUAAGCUCACAACGAGUUACAGUUCAAUCUUGGGAUUGCGUACAGAGUUGCAUAUGGUAGGAGAUAUGUACAGUUGGACAACAACAUGUUUUUACUUGGGAUAUUUAGCAUUUGAAUUCCCAGCAUCAUUACUACUUCAAAGGUUUCCAGUGGCCAAGACAGUUGGAUGUUUUAUUGUGUUAUGGGGUAUGAUAUUGGCCUUGUGUUCGGUUCCGCAGUAUGCUGGAUUCAUUGUCUUGAGAACAAUUCUUGGAAUGCUUGAGCUGGCUGUUACCCCAGCUUUUGGAAUCAUUACUUCCCAGUGGUACAAAAAAGAGGAACAGUUUUUGAGAACGGCAUGGUGGUUUGCAUCCAACGGUAUCGGUACGAUUCUAGGACUGGCCAUUGCAUAUGGACUAUAUGAGAAUCAAGCGUCAUACAACUUGCCUGCUUGGAAAUUGGUGUUCAUUGUUACAGGUGUGUUGACGAUCUUUUUAGGAUUCGUUGUAAUGUUGCACAUUCCUGACACACCAACCAAAGCAUGGUUCCUUACUGAAGAAGAGAAGGUUUUGGUAGUUGAAAGAAUCAGGUCCAAUCAACAAGGUUUCGGGAACCCGAGGUUCAAGAAACAUCAAUUUUAUGAGGCGUUAACAGACCACCGUACUUGGUUGUUCUUUUUGUUUUCUGUUUCCAACAACAUCCCAAAUGGUGGUAUCACUAGUUUUGGAACAAUAUUACUAAACGAACAAUUUGGUUUUACGACUGCGAAGUCGUUAUUGAUGCAGAUGCCAUCUGGUGCUGUUGAGAUUGUUGGAUGCGUGUUGUUUGCAUGGAUAGCAAGGUUCUUAAAUUCACGUAUGUUGAUGGCGUGUAUCAUUUCUGCGGUUGUUGUCAUGGCACAGUGUUUGUUAGCAUUUGCGCCUACAGAUACCGGAAAGUUAGCUGGAUAUUACUUGUAUACCCUAGGACCAGUUGGGUUCAUUUGCAUCUUAUCACAGGUGUCAUCAUCGGUGGCUGGCCACACCAAAAAGAUUACAGUCAAUGCCAUUUUCCUAAUUGGGUAUUGCGUUGGUAACCUUAUUGGACCACAAACGUUCAUUGAUAAUCAGGCACCAGACUAUGCCGGUGCCAAAAUAGCUAUUGUGAUUUGUGGAAGCGUCUCACUUGGUUGUUUGAUUGCUAUCUAUUUUUCUUACUACUGGGAGAAUAAGAGACGGGACUCAUUACCAUCAGUUGAUAUGAGUCAUAUCGAGAACUAUGAAUUUGCUGAUCUUACUGAUAAGGAGAAUCCAAAUUUUAGAUACGCACUUUGA